AUGAACUGCCCAGCUCCUGCACAAGUCACCUACAAGAACAUGAGAUUUCUUACUACGCACAAUCCAACCAAUGUGACCUUAAACAAAUUUAUAGUGGAACUUAAGAAGUAUGGAGUUACCACAAUAGUAAGAGUGUGUGAAGCAACUUAUGACACUACUCCUGUGGAGAAAGAAGGCAUCCAUGUUCUCGACUGGCCUUUUGAUGAUGGUGCACCACCGUCUAAACAGAUUGCUGAUGACCGGUUAAGUCUUGUAAAAAUCAAGUUUCCUGAAGAACCUGGCUGUUGUAUUCCCAUUCAUUGUGCUGGACAGCGCCAACAAAAGCGGCGGGGAGCUUUUAACAGCAAGCAACUUUAG